AACAUGGCAACGGUUUGCGCUGAAAACAAGCGUUGCACUUUCUUUAAAACAGCACGCAUUUAGUUGUGACUCAGGUAGCGUUAGAAGUCAAAUGUUACUUUUUACACAUUCUGUUGGCCUGCUGUAUUUCUUCAGGCUUUUCUGCAAGCAAAGACCUUUCACCACAGUUAUCAAUCUCCACUAGCUUUCUGCAGAUCGAUACCAAAUGGCAUCGGGCUAUGGAUCACUUGCCAAAGAGGCCAUUGUGCUGCUCGAUAAGUUCAGCGCUGGCAGGCAGUGUUUGGAUGACUUCAUGGAAGAUGCUUCAAAGGAUCUGCAGAUCAUGGAUGCUCUGCAGAAGACGUUCAUACUUGAUGUCGUCUCCGGAUGCAUUGAGCACAAAAAGUUACUGGACGUGGUUAUCAAUGUCUUCUAUGGCCAGAAGGGGAGAUGCUUAUCCAGAGGUGACCGCAGCCAGUUUGUCAUUAUCUGUUACAUCGCCACCUUUUCUCUCGAUGACCUUGGACUUCAGUGUUUUAGCCACAUUAUCAAAUCUCUGGACGUCCAGAAGAUGCACACAUUCCUGACUUUCUUCUUCACAAAUCUCACCACGUGGAUACAAGAGGAGUGGAAUAGUAUCUAUGAUGCUGCCUAUGUGGAGGAACGCUGGAUUUACCCUUUGCUAAGAUGGCGCCCUGAGAUGGAUAUUCUCUUGGACCAGCUUGUUGUCAAAAUAUCUCACAGGAAUCAGGUCAAGAAAUCCCCAAUCAAAACCACUGAGCCCCAGGAGUUCUCUCUCACCAAACCUAAACCUCCACCUCUGCCUGUGCCUGAGCUCAUUCCACAGCAGGAAAAAUCUAAACCAGUGCCAAAAAGCACAUACAAGGCUCCAAAAGAGAUGCAGGUGAUGAAGGAAAUCAAACAAAAGAACCAUCAACAGACUGUGGAACUGCUCUAUGAGGCAAAUAUGAAACAGUUGAGAUGUGCAAAUCCACAUAAGUCUGAACACACCCAGAGAGUGAUGUCUCAGAUUAAGAAGGACUUGGAUUCAAAACUUAAGUUCAAUUCACGUCAUUCCUCUGGAGCACCACCCUCCAGUAAUAAGCCCAGCAAGCUCAACAACGCAGCCAUUUUGAGGCAGGGGGCGCUAUUUGACCGUCAGGUGGAGGAGGAGCUGCAAAGAAUGGAGCGGCUGGUGGAGGGGGCACGUGAGCCCUCGUCUUUCCUCCAGGCGCAGAAGGAGAUGCGUGAGAAGGACCUUCAGGAGGAGCUGGCCAUGAUUGAGCGCAGGCGUCUGGAGGGACGCAUCAGCUAUGAGGAAGCAGCUAUGGCCCGUACACGCCUAAUGGAACGCAACCAGAAGACUGCUCAGCUGAAGAAGGAAGAGACAGCUCAGCUGAUGCGGAGAUAUGCUGAGAAAAGGCUGCAGGAGGAAAAAGAAAUGAGAGACUUGGUGCAACAAGUGUCAGAAGGACACAAGAACUCAAAGACAGCUAAAGAGAAGUUACAGAAAUUCAAGCGGAGUAUAGUGAAAGAAGUCGCAGAGCAAAGACGAGAGCUACUUCGUCAAGCACUGGAGGAGGCACAAGCAGAGCUCUGCAGAAAAUUUGAAGUGAUCCGUGAAAUCCACGCCAUCGAAUCUCUUCCUCGUUUUAGAGUCAGGAAUUUUGACAACACAGAGUCUGCAGGCCAUGAGCUGAUGGGAGAGAUGUCCCUGGUGGAGAUGAAGGAGCGUCUGGCCCUCCUGAGGGAGGCGCAGCAAACAGAGCAGCAAGAGAGACGGGAGCACAUCCUGGAGGAGAAGCUGAACAAGAAGCAGCUGCUGCUGGAUAAGCUGGACACAAUCAACCUCCACACAAGAGCGCUGGUACAGGCUGCUGCCAUCAGGAAAGAGGAGAGGAAAGCCAGGCCGGCGAUGAUUCAGGAUGAGACAGUGUUGGCUCUGCAGAAGAAGCUUGAAGAGAAAAAACUAGAGCGCCAAAGACUGAAGCAAACUAAAAGCAAGAAGCCCUCUGAACAGGAAGCAGCACAGACAGGGACACACACCAAAAAAAGCCUGCCAGUGAAAAGCUGGGAGGAAUUGGAGCUGAGCUUAGAGAGUCACCUCCAGAAGGACGCUCCUUAUGUUGUUCCUCAGACAAAAACAUUCAAGACAUAAAUAUGCACAACAUGCUCCACAAAUCUGUGAAUGAUUCACUUUAGAUCAGAAGGAUCAUUAGUUAUAUUUGUUGCAAGAAAUGAGAAUGAAAAGCAUUUUAUCUUUUGUCACUUCAUUUGACACAUUGUGCAUUAAAUUGCUGUAAAACUGUUUGAGUGAAACAUGAUUUAUUUCCACAAUUAUUAUUAUAAUGUCUUGUGGAUUUCCUGUGAGAGAUUAUACUGUAUUGUUUAUCUUGAAUUGUAAUACGUAAGUGUUAAGUUGUGUUUUUUAUGUCCGAUACAUGUCACAAAUGUGUUCCCAAAGUGCGUUCCACCCACCUGUGGCAUGAAAAGGGAAGUGGACCUUCAACUUAUGACGUAUGAAGAAAAUUUCCCUUCCCAAAAAAAACGUUGGUGUUAUUUUUGUUGCGUGUAUAUUAUGGUAACAAGUUACUGUACAAAAUAUCACUCAUGAUUACUCAUCAUCAAGACUAUGCACAAAUGUCAUCCCCAUUGAAAAGCAGAACUAUAGCAAGUAUAGCACAUAUGACAGCAAACCUUUUUAAGUUGUAUUUUUUUACAAUGCAAUAUUAUUUGUAUCUAAAU